UCUCAAGAACGAAAAAUAUGACUUAUCUCCCUUGGCUAAAACAACUGGGGCCUAUUUAGUGGACUCGACGGGCGAAUCGCCAGUUUUACAUCAACGUCUGCCGAGACAUUACAGGAGCAGGUUCUGACCCAUCCAGCAAAUGUCCUGUUGGGACAAGUGCUUGUCGGAUCCUUGACGGCAAGGCGGAGGAUAUGGGAAAGCCAUUUGGCAGUCUACAGCGCUCUGUCGAUGGCAACCUGUUGUUGCAAUAUAAGACUACGGUAAAGCCAGAUGGAUGUGUGGACAAUCCAACAACAACUAUAACCUUCGUGUGUCCCACCAGAGGAGGGAGUAAGGACCCGCUGCUGAUUGACGACCGGCUGUGUCACAACCAGAUCGAGUGGAAGACAGAGUAUGCAUGUCCAGAAUCCACACUGACCAGCGACACCUGUGUACUGACCCAGGAAAACCACAAUAUCGACAUUGAUCUUACACCUCUUAAAAACCCACCUGCUGCUGACAACCCCUACAAAAUGAAUGUGACUGACGGAACCGACCACUACGUGUACGUUCUCAAUGUGUGUGAUUCCCUCGGGCUCGAGUGUCCUGAGAAGAAGGACUCAGCGUCAGCCUGCCAGUUGAAGGAUCAUGACUCCACCUUUGCCAAGAGCCUCGGAAAGAAGGACACCAUGAAACUUCGAAUGACAGAUGGAGAGCUGACCUUGACCUACAAAGAUGGAACUGCAUGCCACACCCAUUUCAGGAGGAACACCAUCAUCACAUUCAAAUGCAACAUGACUGCAGCUAAUAACGGUCGGGGCUGGCCAGUGUUUCGGGAGGCUAACAACUGCACCUACCUGUUUGACUGGGAGACCAAGUACGCUUGUGAGAACCACUUGGCCUUGGGGGCGUGUCGGGUUGACCACAACCAGCAGCGGUAUGACCUGUCAGCCCUCGUUAGGAACUCAGGUUCAAACUGGGUGGCUCUGGAUGGUGAGAACCAGUACGAACAGUCUCGCUACUACGUCAACGUGUGCAACGACAUCCUCAACAGCACCUCAGGCUGCACUGCCAACAGUAUCUGUAGGAAAGAUGCUAAGGGUAACACCAAGAAGCUGGGCCGCUUCACACAGGGCCCAACAUAUAACCCCUCAUCGAAGACCCUCCAGAUUACCUACACAGGGGGAGACAACUGCAAGCCAGGCAAGAGUACGUCCUCCAGGAUCACCUUCAUAUGCAAACCAGGAGACUUGGAGAGUGGUCCUGUCCUCAUCCAGGAGACGGACGACAAAUGCAUGUACGAGUUUGAAUGGCACACUGCUGCAGCUUGUGUGUUGUCAAAGAAGAACGGAUCCAACUGUAAAGUGUUUGAUGAUGAUGCAGGUUACAGUUUUGACGUGUCGCGCCUCACAAAGCCAGAUGGGAAGUACUACAAGGUGUCCGACAGCAAGCAAGAGUAUGACUUCUUGUUGAAUGUGUGUGGUUCUGUCACUGGCACCAAGUGUGACACAGGUCACACCAACACAGCAGUGUGUCAAGUCAAGAAAAGUGAUAACAGCAUCUUCCACAAGACUGGGGAACCCAACGGUAACCUGGAGUACUCCGACGGCAUGAUCAACCUCACCUACACCAAUGGCGACAGCUACAACAAUGCUGGCCAUACCCCAAGACAGACCGAGAUUGCCUUCCUAUGUGACUCUACCAAGGGUGCCGGCACCCCGGAGUUUCUCAGCGAGACCAACUACACAUACAGCUUCAAGUGGUACACAGCCUACGCCUGUCCUGCCCAGCCGAUCGAGUGUGUGUACGAAGACAAAGUCAACAAUAAACAGUAUGACCUGUCAAGAUUGUCAAUGUCGGAGACGAAAGACAACUGGAUGGUGGUCGGGGAUAACACGGACACGUCUCGCAGAUUCUACAUCAAUGUGUGCAGGCCAGUCAACCCUGUACAUGUGGACAGUGGUCAGUCGUGCGGACCAUUUGCUGCAGCAUGUGAGACCCAGGUCAAGGAUGGCAAGGAAACCGUUGUGCACAGCAGUCUCGGGGAGGCAAGGGUCGGCCCCACAUUGGACGGAGACCACCCAGGGCAGCUGAUGUUGAGGUACACGGGCGGAGACCAAUGUGUGGACCAAAAUGGGGUCAACACAACAAUGACCACUGUCAUACACUUCAGUUGUGACAAGGGCAAGUUGACAGGAGCCCCUUUGCCAUUCAUCAAGUCCGGCCCUUGUGAGUACAGCACAAUCUGGAGAACGGCCGCAGCAUGCCCCAUCGAUGAUGUCGAGACCAAUACAAGCACCUGCAGCAUCAAGGAUCCUAAUUCCGAUUUCAUCUACAACCUCAAACCUCUCAUGAAGAAGGGAGAAGGCUUCUAUAAAGUCACAGCAUUUGACAAGCGGACUUUCCUGUUGAAUAUCUGCGGCAACGUGUCAUCCUGCGACCACCUCCAGCCGGACAACGUGAAGGCCUCGGUGUGCGAGGAUCAGAACACCAGGAAGCCUGCACUGGCUAUGUCCAGCGGGUCACUGGAAUUCUCGGACGAUGGACAGUUGAUGCUGACAUAUGGUGGGAAGAGGCUCAUUAGCGAACAACAAGUGCAGGUGAAGAUUUCCUUCGUCUGUCGAAGAGACACAGGUGAUAAGCCGACAUUUGUACGCCAAGAAGACAACACAUAUUAUUUCAAGUUUGAGACCGCUCUGGCCUGUCCCCCACAACCUGUUGACUGCAUGGCUAUAGAUAAACACGGAAACGAGUAUGACCUCACCGCCUUAGCCAAGACCUCAUCCAACUGGGUCGUGAGUGACACAAGGGCAGGAUACUCCAAACUGAAGUACUACAUCAACGUGUGCCGCCCCAUGACCCCAAUAGCAGGCUCCACUUGUCCUGGUGGACCCAUCGGAGGCUGUCAGACUGGGGACAGAGCCUUCAAUCUGGGGUAUGUCCAGUCCAAGCCCGUUGUCACAGAGGACGGCUCCCUUGUGCUGGAGUACCGCGGAGGGACGCUGUGUCACAAGGGCACAGACAGGGAGUCACAUCGCAGCACCCGGAUAAACUUUAUCUGCUCACAUGCAGAGAGUGAUCCGGUAUUCAUGGGAGAAACUGAGACCUGUGAAUAUUUGUUUGAAUGGAACACACCCAGUGCCUGUCCCCAGCAUAAAAUAACUGGCAAGGACUGCAAGGUCACUGACCCGGUGUACAACUAUCAGUUCGACCUUUCACGUCUGCACAAAACAAGUGAGGAUUACAAGGUGAAGGCCGGGGAGUACACCUACCUGAUCAACGUGUGUGGUCAGCUGACGGCCGGCACGGGGGCAUGUGCUGGUGUGGGAGCGUGUCAGACCAAGGAUUCUGAUAAGUCCUUCAUGAUCAAUGCAGGAAAAGCCAAUAGUGACAUUAUAUACAACGCAGGGGAGCUGUCUCUCCGCUACACAGAUGGCAAGGCCAACUGUCACCAGAAGUACAACCGUACAACUAUCAUCACCUUCACCUGCGAUCACACUAUAGAUGGGAAGAAGGGACCGAGGUAUCUGCAUGAAGAUGCUGACUGUACCUACCAGUUUGAGUGGCCGACUAGCUACGCUUGCUCCCCUCACAAGGUGUCCGACUGUACAGCAACAGAUCCCGACGGAAACGUUUACGAUUUGUCGUCUCUGACCCGACCCAAUGAUAACUACAUUGUGGAUAAAUCCUACAAGCAGUUGAAGUUUAUACUCAAUGUAUGCCAGACAUUGGUUUACAAGAAAGAUCAGACCUGCCCACCCAACUCUGCAGCAUGUAUGGUGAACUUAACCGAGACACAACAGGAGAAAAAGUUCCACAAGAUCGGAGAGCUGACCGACAAGCCAGUGAAGUUCGACACUUUGUCCAAGACCCUCAUCAUCCAGUACGAAAAUGGAGAGAAGUGUCCAGUGUCUAACCAGUCAGUGUCCACUAUCAUCAUCCUCACCUGUGACCUCAAUGCCUAUGACUCGGAGCCCUCCGAUCACUUCCUGGCCAACCUGUGUCAGCAUCGGUUUGUGUGGAAGGCCCGUGCAGCAUGCUCAGUGGAGGCGAGGGAAAAGAGUGCCAAGGGAGGCAACUGCACUGCCAUAAACCCAGACUCUGGCUACACAUUUGACUUGAGUGCUCUGAAGAAGUCCACAGGCUAUCACUUCGAUGACGGCAACAACCAUGACUUCCGCAUCAACGUGUGUGCUCCUGUGACUGGCAGUGGCUGUGACAGCAAUGUUGGAUCAUGUCAGAAGGAGUUAGUGGGGGAGAAGCGGAACUUCAGUGCUGGUAUUGCCAACAGCAACUUGCAGUUUAGAGGUGGCUUCUUGAUGCUAAACUACUCCGGUGGUGCCCUCUGCCAUGGCAAUUACCAGCGCUCCACCAUCAUCAACUUCAUCUGUGGCCAUGGCAAGGGUGAUGGAUAUCCAAUACUGGUGGACGAGACAGAUGAUUGUGUGUAUCACUUCAACUGGCACACAAACAGAGUCUGUGAAAAAGAGGUAGAGUGCAGCGUGGAAACACAGGGCCCAAGUGGCAGUUACAAGGUCGACCUGUCUCCACUCAUCAAGGCAUCGGGACAUCAUGUCGCCAUCACCAUGAUGCCAGGGGCAAACUCUGGCACCACCUACUACAUCAACAUCUGCCGACCGCUGAACCCCAUACAGGGGAAACUGUGCCCACCAGGAUCAGCCGCCUGUAGGGUAGAGGGAGAUAAAUCUCCUCUGAGUUUGGGUCACCUGGCUAAAGGCCCGUAUGUGGACUCCGUGAAUGGAAAGGUGACCUUGGCAUAUGUGAAUGGCAGCAAGUGCACAAAGGACCCCAGUAGGAACAUCACAACCCAUAUCAUCUUCACCUGUAAAGCCGGCACGUCACGUGGAGAGCCCAAGUUUGAGUUGGUCGCCGAUGACUGCGACUACGUGUUUAUGUGGUAUACCAACCUGGCCUGUCAGGAUAACCAGGUCAGCACGGAGACAUCGACAUGCACGUACAACGACCCCAGCACCGGACAGCACUACGACAUCAGUGCCCUCAGCACCCCAGUUCCGGUGUACCCAGCUCAAGGGGGCAGCUUCUACAUCCAGCCAUGUGGUGCCAUCAACAACCCCAAAUACCCCGGGUGUGCGGGUUCGUCCAGCUGCCAUAUUGACCACAACACCGGCGUGUCGUAUGGGGAUGCCAGGAAGGGGAUGUUCAUGAUGGAGAGUCGGGAGAUCUUAAAGUUGCUGCUGACCGGAGGAAGUCAGUGUGUUGCCGGAGGUCAGAAAGUGCAGGCCAAGACGGAGAUUCUGUUCCAGUGUGACUACAGCGCUGGCAAUGGGAAGCCCCAGUCCUGGCCAAGUGCCAAGUGUUCCGCCUUGUUUAUGUGGAAGACAAACCUCAUAUGUCCUCCCAUCAUUGAAGACUGUACCCUAGUGCAUGAUGGGACUGUGUAUGACUUCGGGAUACUGUCACGCGACACCGGCAGCUGGAACUACACAGACAGCAAGAAAAACACUUAUUUCUUGAACAUCUGCCAAGGAGUCCAUGGGCAGGCUCGAGGUGAAGGUUGUCACAUGGACUCGGCUGUUUGUCGGAAGACUGCAGACAAGAUGACCGACAUGUUGGGAGCUGUACGAACACAGAGGCUCUACAUGGAUGCUGAUGGGAAGACUAUUGUCUUGGAGUACUCCCAGGGGGCCUCGGCCUGCUCUCACAGUCGGCGCCGCAGCAACAACCGCAUGGCCAAAACCAUCAUCAAGUUCCGGUGUGAUAAGCUGGUGGGAGGCCCACGAUAUAUUGAAAGUGCAAGAAAUACCGAGGACUGUAUCUUUGAAUUUGAAUGGAAAACAAGAUUGGCUUGCAAGAAAGACACGCUGAUGGAGGCAGUCCAGGACAAAAACGGUAUCGUCAUAGACCCCCGGUCAAGUGGCAUGGUAGACAUCAAGAAACUCUCAGCCACACAUCGCGACCACGUCGCACGUGAGAUGAGCAAGGACAACUUCACAUACUCAAUCAGCCUGGAGGGCAAGCUGGAGGGGACCUCAGCCGGGUCCUGUGUCGGGGCGGCGGUUUGUCAGCGGAAACCGCAGGACUCCAACGUCAACAACAACCUCGGCACAUUCAGCAGCAGGAAGUACUACUUUAAAGAUGAUCAGCUGGAGGUCGAGUACACUUCACCAGACUUGUGUGUCGGUAGAGAUGGGCACAGACUAGCCAAAAAUGUCACCUCUGCUAUUGUGUUUAACUGUGACAUAUUGAAAAAUAAGAGUGAACCUACCCUGACGUACAAGUCCCGCAACUGUUUCUACCUGUUUGAAUGGGACACCGAUGCUGUCUGCUUCUCUGCGGUUGUAGAUAUCCAGCAUCCAGCUGUCAAUGGCGCUGUCAAUGAGGGGACUGCAAGUAAUGGCGGCAAGUCCAGCAGCAUCAAGCCCAAGACAGUGGGCGUCAUCAUCUCCGUGUUCCUGUCAGUGAUAGUCAUCUGCAUCAUCCUCAUUGUCUUCCAUAAACCAGAGAGGAGAGCUGCUUUUGCAUCCCGAGUUAAAAGAACAUGCAGAUGUCACACACGGACUGAAAGGCACAUCAAGUAUUCAAUGUUGACCCAAGAUGAUGAGGACCCAGAAGUGGAUGAAGACUUCUUCAUGGACCAUGACAAUGAUAUCACAACUCUGCCCAAUACAUCUACAGACACUACGAUACAGACGACGGCACAAGUCCGAAGUUACCAUGACGACAGCGAUGACGACCUGCUGGAAUGAGGACUAGAUGUAUAUUUUCCAUAACCAUUGAUCGUAAAUGCUCAUGACCACAUCAUAAUAUGUCAUCGUCUCAUUGAAACCUCAAACUAACUUCACGACAGAGGGUUAUUUAUUUUUCUGCUUGUGUCACAUCCAUUGGUUUCACAUAUAUACAAAUGUAUUUAUUUCUAAUGGUGGACAGUCAUGACGAAAGUAACUUACGUGAUAAACAAUUGAGGUGAUUGAGAGCAAAAAGUCAUUGGGAACACAAUCAUCGCAUGUCAUUUUGUAGUUACUCUUCUGUUUACACUGGGAUCGUACAGAAUAUGAAACAGGAGUGGGUUCAUUAACAGCUAGGGAUGUGGACAACCUUGUCGUCUAAGGCACCAUAAUUUGCUUUGCAGAGUUGCUUCCCUUAGACUUCCCACAAACCUAGGAUCAUGAUUUCGAAAUCCUGGUUCUCGGAUUAUGCCCCUAGGUUUGUCAACACCCUGCCCGUGCCGGCUUCACCGAGGUGGGGAACGUCUGACGCCUGCAUCACUUCAGAAUUUCAUCCACCAUGAUUCUUUCAUGCCAUGAUGUAAUUGAUAUUAUGUUAACAGCAACUUCUCCUACUUCAGUCAGUCACGAGCAGCAAGGGUCUGUUUGUAAUAGUUGUCAGUCGGCUCAUGACCUUGGUGUGCUGGCACAUCCACGUUCCUGUGGCUUUCACCAUAGUGGUCAUGUCAACGACCUGCAUUCACUUCAGCAUUCCUUUCAGCAGUGGUGGGGUAGCCUAGUGGUAAAUGACCCGGGUUCGAUUCCCCACAUGGGUACAGUGUGUGAAGCCCAUUUCUGGUGUCAUCCGCCAUGAUAUUGCUGGAAUAUUGCUAAAAGCGGUGUUAAACCAUUCUCACUCACUCCUGGUGUCCCCUGCCGUUAUAUUGCUACAAGCGGCGUGAAACUAAACUCACUCACUCACUCACUCACUCACUGUACAGUGAUGUGUUUACUGCUAUAGUUCCAUCCACAUGGGGUAAAAGACCCGGGUUCGAUUCUCCACAUGGAUACAAUGUGUGAAGCCCAUUUCUGGUGUCCCCUGCCGUGAUAUUGCUGGAAUAUUGUUAAAAGUGGUGUAAUAUCUGAGUCGCUUACUCCAUCCAUCUAUUGUUUUCCCUGAGGCCAUCAAUCAAGCUUGUUUUCAUGUUGCUAAUUAUCGAGCAAUAAAACCUUUUGCUUCAUUUGGUAGUGUUCUAGAAUGAAUCAGUGAAAGUGUUAGUUGGAUAGUUUGAAAAUGAAUGAUUUCAAAAUUUUUAGAAAGUGUGGCUUUCGCAAAUGGUGCUUCAUAUGUUGUGAGAUGUGCUGCCUGUUGAUUAUCAGGUCACUACUUAAUGUCUACACUUGAAGGUAUGUCACUCACAAUUCCAUGAAAACUGUCAAUAUAUUUUGUUCUGGAUGUUUUCACUUCAUUAGAGUUAUGUGUGUCCUUUGCCAGUCUCUUGGAAAUCAGUAUGCCAGAGUCAAGUAGACUUCAAGGUGUAUCGUUAUGUAUUUUGUAUUGAAGUACAUGUAUUUCUGUAUCAGUAUGGGAACUAUAAUUGAUCAUGCAGAGUUGCCUCCCUUGGUUUCUCCAGGAUUUAGGGGUUUGAUGUUCCAAGUUGAUGUAUUAUUGAAACUGAAUUUGCCAUGUUCUUUUGGAACAAGAAAUGACUGGAAAGGUUUUUUCUAAGCAUGCACCCAGAAUCAUAAGCAUCAUUUUCAAAUGAUAUUUUCAAUUUACUGGGGUUUUCUUAAAUAACCCUUUCAAAAUUGAUUGACAUUUCCUGCCUAAAUGGUAAUUUUGUAACUUAGUAUGUAUCUUUUGAUUUUGAAGAAAACAUUCAAUUUUCACAAACAAUACUUUGCAUUUGACAGUUUCACAAAGAACUAUUUGCUUGAUUUGAACUGUUUUGAUGAGCUUGAGUUUUA